AUGCCCGACAAGAUUUUCUACUCCCUCUCCACCCCAAGGGGGACCGACCGCGAGCUGGUCCUCCGCCUCGAACGGCGCAGCCACCUGAACACACCCCUGGUCCUCGACUGGCAAGCGCACACCAUCACGUACGCGGAGGACGGCAGCUCGGCAACCCUGGCGUGGGAGACGCCGGGCAUAGUCGACCACUACAUGGGCCCCAUCCCGGCGCGCCGCGAGAGCGUCGACGUACAGAUGCCCGCGGACAGCGUCGUGGUGGCGGACUUCGACUUGCUGCCGCGCGCGUUCGAGGGUAUCGCGCUGCCGGUGUACGCGCUCAGUCGGCGCGACGUGGCCGUUUUCUUCGUGCAGCCCUCCGCGCGCGGCGCGGCCGCGUGCGAUAGGCCGGUUGUGGUCGGGUUUGGGAACGGCAUCUUUGAGUAUGGCGACGGCGAGCUGGUCGAGGUCGUCGCCGGGGCCGGGUCCGAGGUCAUGCAGGCGGAUGGGCGGACGGGGGCGCAGGUAUUGUGGGAGGCGGUGGUGGAGCUGUUCCCGAAUCUGAGAGUCCGGUUUGCCUCUGAGAUGAUGAUGUCUUCUGUUAAGGCGGAGGUGCGUUCUGAGGGAGGGGAUUGGCUGCUGAUAGGAAAGCGAGCGAUGGCCUUGUGA